UUAGCUAGAAAAGUUUGAGGAAUUGAGAGAGAGAUUAUUUGGAAUGGUAAUAUUCCAAUAUAUUGUAACCUGUACUCAUUGCUUCUUUUUUAGUUACAAUAUAUUGUGUUUCAAAAAAAAAAAAAAACGUACGUGGAAACCACACGAAAAGGAAAAAUAUAUAUGAUAGAAAUAUUUUAUCCACAAAAUAGAGUAAGCAGUAAUACUAGUAAGGAUAGAUAGAGAAAAUCCAAGUAUCACACAACAAAACAAUCCUCAACCAAUCAAAACCCUCCAACUAAGCUUUCUUCAACCCUCCUACCUUAUCCAACUCCCUUCCAUAGAAUCUAAAACCCUUCUCUCUCCACUCACACUCCCCUCCAAAUAAUCUUUCUUUCCGAGAAAAUCACCCAGAAAAUAAAAACUUCAUUCUGUAUCGAUCAUUCGAUACAACUGGGGUUGUGAUUAAGUAAUUAAACAGCAGAAACGAAAACGAAGAUGUCUCUCACAAUCCCCACUAACCUCUCAAAAUCCAUGCUCAAGCCUAGGCUGAGCAACACACCAAGAUUGCCGCAGAAAUCGAGCUUCGUUGUCUGCUCCGCCGCCCAGCCGGAGAAGAUUUCUUCCUCUUCCGCAGCCGUAGAGAGCCAGCUGAAGGCGUUCUCCGCGGCUCUAGCUCUGUCAUCGAUCCUAAUCUCGGCCGCGCCGAUGCCAGCCGCAGCCGACAUCGCCGGGCUGACGCCGUGUAAGGAUUCGAAGCAGUUCGCCAAGCGCGAGAAGCAGCAGAUCAAGAAGCUAGAAUCGUCGCUGAAGCUGUACGCGGCUGACUCUGCUCCGGCUCUGGCCAUCAACGCGACGAUCGAGAAGACGAAGAGGCGAUUCGACUUCUACGGAAAAUCGGGGCUGUUGUGCGGUGCGGAUGGGCUGCCGCACCUGAUCGUGAGCGGUGACCAGAGGCAUUGGGGUGAGUUUAUCACGCCUGGAUUGCUGUUCUUGUACAUCGCCGGUUGGAUUGGGUGGGUCGGACGGAGCUACCUAAUCGCCAUUAGAGGAGAGAAGAAGCCGACGCAGAAGGAGAUUAUUAUCGAUGUGCCUUUGGCUACUGGUUUGGUUUUCAGAGGGUUCAGUUGGCCUGUUGCUGCUUACAGAGAGUUCGUUAAUGGUGAUCUUAUUGCCAAGGAUGUCUAAGCCAAUCACCACUCAAAUUUCACCCUCUUUGUAUGAGAUGGAAUACCAAAGAGAGGAGACUGAUUAUGCUUGAGCUGGGAGUAACUUAGAAUGGUAUUUUUCAAGAAAAAGAAAAAAGAAAGUUAGAAGUGUAUGUUUGAGGUGUUGAUGGGUACAUUUCUUGUAUCUAAUUGUAAAAUUUUAGUUGUUUUGUUGUAUGUACCAAUGGUUGCACCAUAUACCGUAACGUACUUUUAUUCUUUGCUUCUUUUCA